CGGCACACGGAUGUACAACUCAUACGCGCAACAACCGCUCAUUUCUACGCUUGUGCCAGCGAGUUCUUAUACGUGUGAAAUCAACAUUACAAACAUCGCUCUGCCACCAACAUCGUCUCACCAUGUGUUGAGGGAAGAAGAAACCUUUCGCCUGCAAAUUCAAGUUUUUGCAAGUGUCGUUGGCAAAAUUAUCAAUACAGUGGCGUGUUUUUGACACCUGUUCGAGCUGCAAAAAAGGCAACAGCCUUUUAAAGAGGGAGACAGCUGUGGACAAUGGACGAAGAUCAGCAGCCUCACCACGACCCGGUGCCCUACUCCACCCCGACGUGUUUGCAGCUGGGGAUACCGAUCGCCUCCGAGCCGGGCCUCCCGGGAGGGUACCCCGACCCCCGCCUACCUCCGGACGACGUCCCGGGGAUCCCGCCGAUGUUAGAAUCCUACUUGGACCCGGUGUACCACGACUCCUACCUCAGCGGUAGACUGCCCUAUCUACCCUUUCCCUCACCGUACGGGCUCUACGACUACGGAUUCGAACCGGCUUUUAUUAGAAAAAGAAACGAGAGAGAAAGACAGCGAGUUAAGUGUGUGAACGAAGGAUAUGCAAGACUCCGAGAACACCUCCCUUCAGACAUUUCAGACAAAAGACUCAGCAAAGUCGAGACUCUACGAGCGGCGAUAAAAUAUAUCAAAAAGCUGCAGAAAGUUUUGCACGAAGAGGAAGGUGGAAAUCAUCGGACGAGGAUCGGCAUUGUCGACGACAAGGACUCGGCUUCUCCGGAAACUAACGACUUGGACGCGAGAAGUCCCGAGCAAGAUUCCGACGACUCCGAGAACAGCAAAGAAUCAAGAUGAGAAA